AUGGCUGACUGCCUACUUCAGACAAUGUCAUCUCCACUCUGUAUACAGGACUUUGUAAAAUACCCUGACCUCAAGCUGCACAGUGAUGAUCCCAACCUUUUGUGGAAAGGAUCGAAGCAUUUCCUUGACUUCAUUCUCAUCGUCUCUGCUAACAUUGGUCUGCAUGCUCUUCCCAAAACCCUUGCUGAUCACAACUACUCACUCACAUUCAAUCUGCGUCUUCAAUCUCGUCAGUUUCAUCCCAAGUUCGGCAAACUCAGUUUUGAUCCCACAGGGUCCAUGAUGGCCAUUGGUGAGGGUCAGUCGAUGUAG